AGGUAUGCUAAAUCAGCUGUUGAACUAAAAAAAAAGUUGUUUUCAUUUACCUACCCAAAAACAAAGCAAUAAAGCAAAUGCAAAUUGUGCAUUAAAUAAAGACACAAUGCAAGAAUUUUCGGCAAAACGCGAUGCAUUGUUUGCAUGUCUCGACGAUGCGAGCAAGGAAUUAAGGGGAACCGCCUUGGAUCAAAGCAAGGCCAAGUCGUAUUCCAUCAACGCUCUCGAUCGGGAAAAGAAAUCCGGAAAUGGCUCCGGAUCCGGACAGGUGAUGAACUAUCGCCACGGCCGUAGCAUUGAUGUAGACCAUGAUCCGGAGGAAGGACGAUUACGGCGGAUGCGCGGCAAGGAGAGCAUUUUCAAGAAGCCGGAACUGCCCAUUGGACGCUGUUUGAAGCCCCGCAAGACUCCAGAUUACCAGAUAAAUCCCCACAAAUGGAAGAAGUACUCCCUCUCCGAUGUGGACAUUUCCGAUCAAAGCAAUUCAGCCGCUGCUUUAUCAUUUCUCCGGCAAAUGGACGCCCAACGAGAAGCCGAAGAAGAUAAUGAAUCCCCGGAUUCAGGUGGCAAAAUAGAGUUCAAAAAGACCAGCAAACUCAACCGAAAUCUCAAGAAGCUUCAACAGCAGGAAGUCGAAGAUGUGGAACUGGAUAAACCGCAGUUAAGAGGCUCCAAACUCGUGAUGCCCGAGUAUGUAAUUGGCCAAAAACCGCAGAAACAAAAGAAAUCAAAGACCAAGUCGAACCAGAAUCGCGCCUCUGGGAAACUACAGCUUUCGCACUUGGCCGAGGAGGAUGAACAGGAUGAAUAGGUUAAAACUUAUGAUCUUAAGAUUAUAUAUUUAACAUCUAGUGUCCCCAUAAAGUUUUUAGAAUGUAAAUAGUAAAUAGACUUUCAUUAUACAAAUUUGCAUAUGUUCUUUUACAAAACAUUUCGUUCUGUCGAAAAAUGAAAAAUCGUUUAUUUUGUAAAAGUAAAGUCUCUAAAAUUAGACUGAAAAAGUGUGUUUAACUUA